CGCUUACAUGUCAAGGUCAAGCUCCGGCCCGUCGCGGCUGUCCCCCCCAAAGCAAUCGCACCGUUUCUAUGUAUCUAUGUAAGCCUUGUGCCAUGUGCCUCGUGCCUUGCGCCUUGUGCAUUGUGCCCGUCGCGUGAAUCGACUCCAAUUGACGUCUGUCGUGGCAUGUUCGAGUUAUGUGGGGAUAUCCUUACUCGGAGAGCUGUCUUUAACACCACCAGCGAACAUCGCGAACCAUGUACGACGAUUCCUGGUACAGCUUCGUACCAGAAGUCGCAAAGCAGGACAUUUCCUCUACCCCUCAAAAUGCUGGCCACAAGAGAAGAAACACACUCCUUCAGCCUCCUAAUGGCGCAAGCCAAGCAGAUAUUGUAGACCCUCUCGGAAACCUCUACGACGAGGCCGACGCAUCCAAUGACCCACCCGAGGCGACACUGACUAGGAGGGCCAAAUCAUACUCUGAUUUCUACCAUGUCGUUCGAGCCCAGCUUUCCAAGGACGCCAAGAGGAGACGAAAGAAGAGGAGGGACGACAGAGACAGGUCAUUCGAAGCCUUGAGCCUCGUGAAACCAGAAGACGAUACCAAUAGAAGAAUCAAUGCACCUGACACACCUGUCGACGACCAGCUGCUCGAGGCAAGCCAACAGGAAUAUCUGCUUUACCAGCACCAGCUUGCUAUGACCGAGCGGCAUCUGGACACCCUCGUCGACGACGCAAAUGGAGCUCUACAGCUGCUGGAGACCUUGGCGAGCUCUUUCCAUGCAGUCGAUACACAGACGUCGUCUUUCCAGUCCCAAUGUGACCAUCUGCUGUCUGAGGAGAAGAGGUUGCAGAAGCUGGCAGAUGAAGUCGGCACAGAUCUGCAUUACUACGCCUACCUCGAUGGCGUAACCAGGCGUCUAAAUGCUCCUGGCGCCAGUCGCUUGGUCGACCAUGAGAACUUUGCCGAGAUUCUUACCAACACAGACGCGUGUAUCGGCUUCAUGGCGAAGCAUCCGACAUACCGAGACGCUGAAUCUUACUUGGCUCGAUAUCAGUCCUCGUUGACAAAGGCUCUCCAUCUACUGGAGAGUGGGUUCAGUGCUCACCUGGAACGCAUCUCGGCUGAGAUAUCUAAGCAAAUCGCAUCUACGCAAUCAGAGGCGGCACGAUAUGCUCUGGCUUAUGGACGAUUUGAAGAACUAGUCCUCGAAGCCGAUGGUCUAGUAUCGAACGUACAAAGGGUCAUCCGCAGCUGCUAUGAUCAGUUUGGAAGCCCGGUGUCCGGGCAGAAUUUUGACUACUAUGCCAAUACCGCUGUCAACAUCUUUCAUUCGUACUCCAGCAUUCGAGAUCGCGAUUUGAAGCCCAUCACUCAACAUGAUCUCGAGACGUUCCAGAAGGAGUCAAAAGAUGCUAGCCCAGAGACUGCGUCACGCAACUACGUCAAGCAAUGCUACGAGAGAUCGUACAACGAGACCGGCCUCUUUACCAAGAUAUUCUCCAUUGAGCCACACUUUAGCAUGGAUGAUCGGUCGGCGUACGCCGCGAUCAAGGGUCAACAGAAAGCUCUGGUCAAUGCUGCCAAUGUGGCCCCCAUUGCCCAUACUCUUCAGCCCAUUUUGUUGGCCAGCGAACUGCAGACAGUCUGCAAUCUGCUGGGUUGGAUCUCGAACGAGUAUCUACUCUUGGAUUAUGAUGAAGAUAUUUCGCAAUAUUCGCAGCACUGUCAGGAACUUACAGCACGGCUGCUCAUGGAACAUCUGUGGCCUUUUGCAGACACUGCAUUUGAGAACGAAAUCACGAAAUCCAUUACAAGGCAUGUUGUCGCUCCCGACACGUUGAAGAUCACCCCUGUAGUGAAUGGCGUCGCUUCAUCGAAUGCACACCCCAUUGCAAAGAAGGCAUUGGAACUCUUGAUCAUGUACGAUCAAGCGAUGCCAAAAGAGCGAAGCCAAAAGUCAAGUCCAGUCGUCUUCAAAAUUGUCCACGAAACAAUAUUGGCCUUACAAAGAGCGGAGGCACGUAUCAAAUCUGCUAAAUCCGCGAAUCCCGAACCUGAUCCCGAUCUCUUCAUGAUCAAGAACCUGCUCAUUGUCAAGAAUGAGCUCGUCUCACUGGAGAUCGGCGACGUGCGAUCGCAGGGCACCGCUAACAUGCAGCACUUUGGUCACAUAUGGGAUACCCUCUCACCCCAAAACUGGAUGGGUCUUUUCAGAGGCAUUUUGGGCGGCUCCUUGUCGCUUGGGCUUUGGUCAUCGAAUCCCGCCGCUGUAACAAAUGGCAAGCCUGUAGCUGCCAAUGAUGGAGUGCAGGAUGCUAGUGAGAAAUUAGACGAGCUGCUGCGCCAGAGCAUUUACGCUUUUACCCAGCGCUGGGGCGGAUUGGUCAACGCCGCCAGGAGUGGUAGGAGGAGCACGAAAUCCCUGGCACAGAUUGAGAAAGAGCUGGACGAAAAGCUGCUUACAGCGUUUGGUGGACAACCCGAGGUUGUUGGCAAGUUGAAGGAGGCAAUCCAGAUCAAUGCUCAGGCGCAGAAUGAAGUUGGUGGGACUAAACGCUAGGUUGAUACACCGGUAGCCUAGUUUGCUCUCAUGUAAUUGACGAAGGGCCAAUGAGUGGCACAAAGACGUGAUGCUGCCCUAGUGAUACAAUAUUGUCGUUUUUAACAUAUACGGUGGCCAGACGGUUUGAAAAAAAGAAAAACUUGAACUCCGUAAAGUCACUACCGUCUCACGAGAACUUUUCACUCAGCACUGAACUCUAUCCUCCCGCCCCAUCCACGUCGAUGUUGCCCAUGAAGCAUAAGAACUUUCCAGUUUGCUUUGCUGUUUGGCAACAAGGCGCGACGCUCCUUCUGGAAGCCCUGAGCAUGAAGUGGAGCAUGAAGGCAUAUAGCAGAGGAUUCGAUUGGAUCUGCA